AUGUCCGAAAAAGAACCCACCGCCACGGACGUCGCCGCCCGCGAAGCCGAAGAGAAACAGCGCAAGGCCGCCGAAGACGCCGAGCAAGCGACCCUCCCCUACAAAUGGACGCAGACAAUCCGCGACGUGGACGUGACGAUCCCUGUCUCCGCAAACCUGAAGGGUCGCGAUCUGGAGGUCGAGCUCAAGAAGGAAAGCAUCAAGGUUAAGGUCAAGGGCGCAGAUGGGGAGGUCUUUAUCGACGGCUCAUUCCCACACCCAAUCAAGACCUCCGAAUCCUCCUGGACGCUCGAGACGACCUCCAAGCCGCCCGGAAAGGAAAUCAGCAUCCACCUUGACAAAGUGAACCAGAUGGAAUGGUGGGCGCAUGUUGUUACUACAGCGCCGAAGAUCGACGUUAGCAAGAUCACGCCGGAGAACUCGAGUCUCAGCGACCUUGACGGCGAGACAAGGGCUAUGGUUGAGAAGAUGAUGUAUGAUCAGCGCCAGAAGGAGAUGGGGGCGCCUACGAGCGAUGAGCAGCGGAAGGCGGAUAUUCUGAAGAAGUUUCAGGCGGAGCAUCCUGAGAUGGACUUUUCGAAUGCGAAGAUUGGUUAG